GUUUCCGCGGCUGAAAGAAGUUGCGACGUGCAUUGUCCGUCGGAGUGGGAAGCUUUAAAACCCGUUCGUCACUGCGAGCAGUUUGCCAAGACAACCGGUUCAAAACACAGGCCGCGGUUUGAAUUAAGAGAGUUCCGUGGACCGACUGCAAAGCCAUGGUGUUAUUCCAGCAGCUGACGGAGGCGUCGCAGCUCCCGACGCCCGGUCGCAGCGACAUGCACAACCGUGAGGCCGUCAACCGAAGCCCGAUGUCGACGGCCACCCAAUGCGCAAGCAAGCUGCAAGCGCUCUUGGCCGGCCGCAGAAAUGCACCAAGCGAUGAGCUGAGGGCUCUGUUAAGAAAAUUUAGUUGCACGCUCGAAGCAAGCAUCUCGAGGACUGUAACCUCAAUGAGUGGCACAUUCUGCGCUGCUUACGUGCAGAACUUGGUUGAGCAGCAAGGUAGAAGCAUGGAUGCUGACCUCGCUCGCCGACAGCUUCAGAUGGGCGAGAUGUUGUUCUACAAGGCUCUGGAAAGCGUGGUCGUUGAAAUGAAGCAGCAAAAGCCAGACACUGAUCUCUCGGUUUACCUCAGCAACAGUGCUUUCCAGAGGUCACUGUUUGCGUGCUGCCUGGAGAUUGUGAUGUUCUGCUACAACUCGCAACGAGAAUUUCCCUGGAUCUUGGAGGUGUUCUGUCUGAAGCCUUACAACUUCUACAAGAUCACUGAGCCUUUGAUCCGUGCUGAGAAAAGCUUGUGGCGAGAAGUCAUCAAGCACCUCAAUCAAAUUGAGGAGCAGAUCCUGGAGUCUCUCGCCUGGAAAGACGACCUCUCCACUGUGGGAUGUACUGAGCCGCUCCCAGCAGAUUGUGCCCCAGUGUAAAGAGGUGUUUCCUCAGUGGCGAAUUGAAAUGUUUGAAGAAUCUGAGAAGAAUGAUGACAAUGAAACCUCUCUCUUCUGUGGCACACCUUUCGCCAAGCAGAUCACGA